AUGAAUGGUGCUAUUUAUAUUGAAAAAGGCAUGUUAUUCAAUUCAAAGAAGCAGUUGCAAAGAGCAGUUAAGCUUCUACAUUUAAAGAUAGCGAGGGAGUACUUUGUUAUUAAAUCGACAAAGAAAUCAUGGCGACUUGUUUGCAGGCGUGUAGAACAAGGAUGUCGAUUUAGGCUAACUUCUUUUAAUGAUAAACAUACUAACAUGUGGAAAGUUGGAAGAUACAUUAAAGAACAUACAUGUGAUAUGGGUACGUGCCGUGAUGGACAUUUCAACUUGGAUGUUGAGAUGAUUGCUAACGUCCUCCGUGUUGAUAUAGAGAAAACGCCAAGGUUUUCCAUCAAAGACUGUCAAACGGCCGUUCUUAAAGCAUAUGGCAUUUCGAUAAGCAGAAGAAAAGUCUAUCUUGGUCGCAAGCGUGCUUUUGAAAAAGUCUAUAGUACUUGGGAGGGUUAUUUUGCCGGGUUGCCGAGGUUCAUGGAAGCUUUGAAACACUUCGAUCCUGGAACAAUAGUUGAAUGGAAAACAGAGCGGCGUGUCGAUGUCAUUGAAGAUGUAUUCAACUAUGUAUUCUGGACUUUUAAAUCAUGCAUUGAUGGAUUUGUGUUUUGUCGACCUGUUAUAUCGAUCGACGGAACACGUGUCUAUGGAAAAAUAUGA